AUGAUGAUGAACGCCUUUAUAGAGCCAACGCCUACGCAACAUCAUUUGGCCAGCUAUGGAUUGCGGAUGUCGCCCAAUACGACAACGGCGGCGACAACGACGGCCAAUGGCCAACAGAAUGAUAUGACUGGACAACAACAACAACAGCAACAACAGCAGCAGCAGCAACAGCAACAACAGCAGCAGCAACAGCAACAACAACAGCAGCAGCAGCAGCAACAACACGCCAGUGUGGCCGCUGCCGCCUAUCAAAAUUCCGGCUAUGGACACUUUAACAGCUAUGCCUCCAGAGAUUUUCUGCUGGGACGACGCGGCGAUGCGGCCACGGACUAUGCCUCCAGCUCCAGCCAGCUGAUGACCGGCUCAGGUGCCGAUUCCAUGCUCUUUUCCGGCUUUCCCGCUGCCCAAGCGGAGCUGAGCACCACCUUUGGCCAACAUCCGUUCCAUAGUCAUCAUCAUGCGGCGGCGGCAGUGCAUCAUCAGCACCAGAUGCGCAUGGCCGACUAUGCCACACACCCGUAUGCCCAGCACCACACCAAUUUUCCGUCGGCAGUGCACGCCCAUCACCAUGCCGCGGCAGCCCACCACCACACCCAUCAUGCGAUGUCGGCGGCUGCAAUGCAUCCGGCAGGUGCGGGCGCCUUCCUGCGCUAUAUGCGCCAUCAGCCGACGACAGCGGCGUCGAGCAUCAAGCAGGAGAUGCAGUGCCUCUGGAUAGAUCCCGAUCAGCCGGGUCUGGUGGGCAUGGGUGGUGGUGUUGGCGGGUCCAAUGGUCGCAAGACAUGCAACAAGAUCUUCCAUUCGAUGCACGAAAUAGUCACCCAUCUGACGGUGGAGCAUGUCGGUGGGCCGGAGUGUACCACACAUGCCUGUUUCUGGAUCGGCUGCUCUCGCAAUGGCCGACCCUUCAAGGCCAAAUAUAAGUUGGUCAAUCACAUACGCGUCCAUACGGGCGAGAAACCCUUUGCCUGCCCACAUCCCGGCUGUGGAAAAGUCUUUGCCCGCAGCGAGAAUCUCAAGAUACACAAACGCACGCAUACCGGCGAGAAGCCCUUCAAGUGUGAGCACGAGGGCUGCGACAGACGCUUUGCCAACUCGUCGGACCGCAAAAAACAUUCGCAUGUGCACACCUCGGACAAGCCCUACAAUUGUCGGAUCAAUGGCUGUGAUAAGUCCUACACGCAUCCCUCGUCUCUGCGCAAGCACAUGAAGGUGCAUGGCAACAUUGAUGAAAAGUCACCAUCGCAUGGCUACGAUAGUGAGGGCGAGGAGAGCUCCAGCUCCAGCAUAGUGACUGGCGGAGCACAGACUCCGCCCUCGGCGCGUCUCACCGUAGAUGGUUCGUUGUCCGGCGGCAGCGCGGGCAGCAGCAGCGGCGUCAGCAGCCUGAGCGGCGGCAGCGGCAUCAAAUCCUCACCACACUCGAUCAAGUCGGAGCCAAAUCCCAUGCAUAGCGUCCAUCUGGGUGCGUCGAGCAGCGGCAGCAGCAGCACAGCGAGCAGCACAUCGCAUCUGCUGCAGCAGCAUGGCGGUGGACAGCACGGACAGCAGCAUCAGCAGCUGCAUGCGAGCGGCAUCUCAGGCAGUGUCGGCAGUGGCAGCAGCAAUGCUCAUCUCUCCUCGAAAUCCUCACCCGCUUUGCAGUUAAUGGCCUCCUCCGCGUAUUUGCCGCCGCCCUUGGGACCUCCGCCCUCGCACCACCACCACCAUCAUCAUCACGCUCAGGUGGCAGGUGCGGGCACAGCCGCAGUGGCGGCGGCGGCAGCCACAACGGGCAGCAAUGCGGCAGCGGCCUCCAUGCUGGCGGUCACUGCUGGCCAUCACAAUCAUCACUUGCUCUAUCAUCCGGCCGCGCAGCAUCAUCCGCCCAGCGAUUGGUAUCAUACAGCCGCCCCAGCCUCUGGUGCGGAUGCGAUGAAUCCGCUGAACCAUUUCGGACACCACCACCAUCACCAUCAUUUGAUGCAUCCGGGCGCGGCGACUGCGUAUUGA